UUUGAACAUUCAAUGAGAGAGAGAGAGAGAGUCAUUGGUGAGGUGUUGGUGAGAGAUUAGAGACACUAUGAAUAUCUGAAACACAGAGAGAUGACCACAGCAUUGGCGAAGAUUACUGGAUCAUCACUAGGGACCAUUAAUGAAACAUUUUGAUGCUAGCAAAGGACUCUAAUCUCGUAGAUAAAAAGCCUUUUAAUAAAUGUGUGCUGUACAUGUGUGAGAUUAAAGAUGAGAAACUCGCUGGACAGUAAGGAUCCUUAUUGUUUUCUUGGAAAGGAUGACUUUCCUUCAGAGGAACCUUUGAGGAACUGAUAUGGAAUCAUGAUUUAGUUCAACUCGAGACUUUGCUUUCUCUUAUAUUUGAGUGCAUGAACGAGUCAACGCAGGGGAGAGAAAAGGCACCCUGAACACAGAUCAAUCCAGAGCUACUUUGGUCCUCUUUCCCACUGAUUUGGCAGACUGGCAUGAGCGUGGGCAGGCCCCACCAUUACAACAUUGUGUCAUCGUCAGAGGAGGACGUGUUUCGCCACGGCAACAUGCCCGCCCUCGGAAAUGGCUUUGGCAAUGGCAAAAUCCAGACGCGGCGAAAGCCGCGUUGCAGGUUUGUCAGCAAGACGGGCCAGUGCAACAUUAGUUUCGCACAUAUGGACGAGCAAUCCCAGCGCUACCUCGCUGACAUUUUUACCACCUGUGUGGACAGUCGGUGGCGCUGGAUGUUUCUUCUUUUCUCCCUUGCGUUUGUCGUGUCCUGGCUUGUGUUUGGUUUUAUCUUCUGGCUCAUUGCUUAUGUCCACGGUGACCUAGACCGAUCUUCUGGAGAUGACUCUAUACCAUGUAUCAUGCAGGUCAACAGCUUUGUGGCAGCAUUCCUGUUCUCCGUGGAGACACAAACCACGAUCGGCUAUGGAUUCCGCUGCGUGACCGAAGAGUGUCCGCUAGCUGUGUUCACUGUCGUCUUCCAGUCUAUAGUGGGCUGCAUCAUUGAUGCUUUUAUGAUCGGUGCCAUCAUGGCCAAAAUGGCACGGCCUAAGAAACGGGCAGAGACGAUACUGUUUUCAAACAACGCCGUCAUCGCUAUGCGUGAUGGGAAGCUAUGCCUAAUGUGGCGGGUUGGAAACUUGAGGAAAAGUCACAUCGUGGAGGCUCACGUGCGGGCACAACUUAUCAAGCCUCGAAUUACAGAGGAAGGAGAGUACAUCCCGUUCGAUCAGAUCGAUAUAAACGUGGGAUAUGACCUGGGUCUCGACCGCAUCUUCUUAGUUGCUCCCUUAACUAUCCUGCAUGAGAUAAAUGAGGACAGUCCACUGUAUGGAAUCAGCAAGCAGGACCUGGAAACAUCUGAUUUUGAGAUUGUGGUGAUACUUGAAGGAAUGGUUGAAGCGACUGCAAUGACGGCUCAGGUGCGGAGCUCUUACCUUGCCAGCGAGAUAUUAUGGGGCCAUCGCUUCGAGCCAGUUGUCUUUGAGGAACGAAGUCAGUAUAAGGUGGACUACUCGCACUUUCAUAAGACGUACCAGGUGCCCUCAACGCCACGCUGCAGCGCCAAAGACAUGGAGGAGAACAAAUCGCUAGAGUCCGCUGCCAACUUUUGUUAUGAGAACGAAUUGGCCUUCAUCAGCAGAGAUGAAGAGGACCAAGAGAACGAGAGUGCUGAGAGGGGAACUGAACUAGAGACCCUAUCUGCCAAUCUGAACUCUGAUCAGAGGUCAUACCACAAAGAAUCAGAAAUAUGACCUUUCGUCUUCAUGACCCCUUUGAUGACUUUAUAGUAGAACUCCUAUCCUUUUAGUGUUGGUUGUCAUGGGUAGAGAUACAUGUGAGUGCCAUAAUAAACCUUGACCCACUGCCCUAGAGCCAUGUUGUAGUAAAGGGCAGGUCAAGAAAAGAAAGUGCUUUUUGCUGUUGGAAUUGCGAGGCCUUCCUGUAGGAAAACUUGAAAUAAUAUAGACUAUCUGUUUCAUAAUGUAGUUUAAAGUGAUAGCUUUAAGUAGUAUCAUUAUGCAAUACUAAAAGCUAGCCUGGGUGCCAUACUUGCUAAAUAUUUCUUGUAAACAAAAUUUGCACAGACUAGUUUGUUUACCACUACCGUGUUGCUUGUAUAUUGAGUAAGGUAGAACACAACACACUAUGUUAAAGCAAUAAAAUUACUUUUACAUACAUAUUUAAUAUAUAUUUAUUUCAUUUUUCAUAAAGACUUACAAGUAUGGUAAUUUUCUAUGUAUCAAGUAAAGGACUGCUGGGUGCAACAAACACCAAAAUAGAUGCUGAAUUACUGCUAACGGACAAUGACUAAGAUGGCUCCCAGGCUAGCAACUAGCACAGAAACAAACACUUUAUUCAGUAGAAAUUGAGUAUACUGUAUAUAAUGAGUAUGUGAAACGGGUGAAAGAGAAUGAAUAAUGGUAUAGUAGUAUAUUUUUAAACUGGAUGAUGGUAGCUUUUUCCACAACAUCCCAUUAUUCCUACUCGAAACAAAUACUCUUCUAUAAGACUGUACACACACACACACACACACACACACACACUAGGGUGGCCAUUCGUGCCAGUUUCGCCGGACACGUCCCGAACAUGUUUUCGGGUGCGUUCUCCAGAAGUCGCGUUGCUUGAUCGCAUACGUCAUCGAGGUUCUCAGAUUUCAGUUAAAAUACAUUAGAAAAUUAAGAUUUAUUUCUUUUAAGACAUAUAAUCAUUGUAGUUUCAUUCUUACCUUGAAAUGUAACGGUUGCUUUUCUGAAAUUAAACCCGAAAUAUUAAACCUUGAUGACGUAUGCCAGUGUUCCCCAAAUCUUACCCUGGAGGGCCGGAGCACUACAGAGUUUAGGUCCAACCCUAAUCAAACUUACCCACCUGUGAUUUUCUAGUGAUCAUGAAGACCUUGAUUAGCUUGCUCAGGUGUGUUUGAUCAGGGUUGGAGCUAAACUCUGCAGUGCUCUGGCCCUCCAGGGUAAGAUUUGGGGAACCCUGACGUAUGCGGUCGACCAACGCGACUUCCGGAGAACAAACCCGAAAACAUGUUCGGGACGUGUCAGGCGGAACAUGCACGAAUGGCCACCCUAACACACACACCAACAUCAACACCAUACAGAGAAAAACACCAGUCUGAGUAUUAUGUUGCUUGAAAGACAUUAAACCUACAAGUGUUCAUCUUUUAA